AUGGCGGAGGCGAGUCAAGAAACGGACCUCGACGCCCAAUUCUCUCGUCCAAGCGCGUCCGGCUUGCAAUCUGAUCUUGAUAUGUCUUUUGUACCCCUCCCCUCUGGCUCUGCCAUUGAUUCCACAGCUGGCCCCAAUCUUCAAAACACUGAUUACGCCGAUACUCAGCAUAUCGCUGAUCUUUUUUUGGCUGGUACCGACGAAUUCCCUUGGGACUUCAAUGACAUUUUUCUCGGUAGCCCCCAACAGACCAGUCUUCUCAACUCAGUUUCCAGCUCGGAAAAUUUCUCAAACACUGAGAGCUUCUUGUGUGCUGUAAGCCACUCCACUCCCACCGCUUCUCGUGUCACUGCUUCUCGCGUCACUGACCCUCGCGUCACUGCCCCUCAUGUCACUGCCCCUCAUGUCACUGCUUCUCAUGUCACCGCCCCUUAUGUCACUGCUCCUCAAGUCACCACUUCUCAUGUCACUUCUCCUCAUGUUACCGUUUCUUGUGUCGAUGCUCCUCAUGUCGCCGCUUCUCAAGUGACUGCUUCUCAACUGACUGCUUCUCAAGUGACUGCUCCUCAUGUUACCGCUCCUCAUGUUACUUCUCCUCAUGUUACUACUUCUUAUAUCGGUGCUCCUCAUGUCACCGCUCCUCAUGCCGCCGCUUCUCAUGCCGCCGCUCCUCAUGCUGCUCCUUAUGCCGCCGCUGCUUAUGCUGCUGCCCCUCAUACUACUGCUCCUCAUGUCGCCGCUCCUCAUGCCGCCGCUUCUCAUGCCGCCGCUCCUCAUGCUGCUGCUCCUUAUGCCGCCGCUCCUCAUGCUGCUGUUCCUUCUGCCGCCGCUCCUCAUGCCGCCGCUUCUUAUGCCGCCGCUUCUUAUGCCGCCGCUUCUUAUGCCGCCGCUUCUCAAGUUGCUGCUCCUCGUGUUACUUCUGCGAGUUCCAUUUCUGGCUCUCAGAAUGAAAGAAUGACUGGCAAAUCUUCCCGUCUACUUGCUUCACCUGUGAAAUUCCUCGCCAAUCCUGGACGCAUCUCAAGUCAUUCGAAUUUCCCAGUCCAUCAACAACAGGCUAGUCAAUCCACAAACCUGAGUCCUGAUGCCGUGGGUCUCUUUCAAAGCCCCAGAAGCAAUAAAAAUCCUCGAAGCUUCCAGCAACCUGGUCAAUCUUUCAAUUCUUCUUCGGAGUCUGCAAGCUUCCAACAUGCUCCAAGCUUCCAGAACGCCGGUCAGGCCGUCAACAUGCCUGCUAACGCUGUGGAUCUUGUUUCGAAUCCUCGUAUGGUCCAGUGGGCGGCUCCAAACUUUCAGCAAUCUUCUCAGGCUGCUAGGCUGAACACUGGCGCGGUAAACCACGACACUGCCUUCAACAUGGCUGCCAACGCCGCCAAUUCUGUUUCGAAUCCACGUAUGGUCCAGUGGGCGGCUUCAAACUUUCAGCAACCUGCACAGGCUGCUAGGCUGCACACUGGCGCGGUAAACCACGACACUGCCUUCAACAUGGCUGCCAACGCCGCCAAUUCUGUUUCGAAUCCACGUAUGGUCCAGUGGGCGGCUUCAAACUUUCAGCAACCUGCACAGGCUGCUAGGCUGCACACUGGCGCGGUAAACCACGACACUGCCGUCAACAUGGCUGCCAACGCCGUCAAUUCUGUUUCGAAUCCACGUAUGGUCCAGUGGGCGGCUUCGAACUUUCAGCAACCUGCAAAGGCUGCUAGGCUGCCCACUGGCGCGGUAAAUCAAGAUACUAACCCUGAAAUCGCCCGAUUGGCUCCAAGCAUCCAAACCACUCAACAGGCUUCGAAUGUUGACCAAUUGCCAACGCAGACUGCCUCCGCAAUCAAUGGCAAAUUCUCACCUGGCUCGGGCUUCAGUAAUCAACAAGUUGUCAAUCUGGCCCAAUCGACUGCCCAGGCUGUCUCAGCAAAUCUUGCGACCGCCCCACGUGGUUCGGGCUUCAUCAACGCCCAGCGAGCUGGUCACUCUGUCAACUUGGAUGCUAAUCUCGGGAAUCUUCCACCGAGUCCUGGGAACCUUUCAUCUGCUUCGAAUUAUUCAGCUCCUCCCGUUUCUCAAAACCCUACUGUGAAUCCCAUUUCUGGGUCCGAGGAUAUCAACUGGGCUGACAUUCCUGCCGAUUUACUUGGUGCAUCUGAAAACUUUUUCCUCGAUAUUGAGGACACGCAAUGGCAUUCAAUCCGUCAUCUCGACAACCAAAAUUCUGGUCAUUCCGCCGACUCUGUUACUGCGUUCAAUGAUGUCAGCCAGCAACUUUAUCCUCCAGUCAAACCGUCUGAUUGUGGUUUUGAGGAGACCUAUGGAAAUCUCGAAAACUUCAUUCAUGCCAAUUUCCAACCACUUGGUGGCUCUUUUUGCUCGCUUUCUGGGCAUGGAUUGAAUCUAGAGAGCUCCCGAUAUCCUCCAAGCCUCGAUGCUCCUCCUUUCGCUCAUUACCCUGUGUCUCAAAUGCAGUCGAACCACGGUUUGAACGUCCAGCAUUCGGAUUAUUUGAAUAAUCUUGGGAAUAACCCGUUAUUCCCCCACACCCAGUUAGCUCACGGGAACCAGAAAGUACAGCGGGGACACGCAGGACCAUACAUGACGCCUGUUUUAUUUGACAAAGACACAGGACUCAUUCUUGCCCGGCCUAACUUACAGCCUGUACCUGCGCCCGUCUCAGGAAAUGGCAACCCCGAAAAUGGUUUCCAACAAAUUCUCCGUCAGGAGAUGUACCAAGAUCGGUCUCCUCUUCCGAUGCGAGAGCCCCUGGCCUCGCUCCCUCUGUUCGAAGAUCGUGGCUCUAAGGCACCCCCUUUGCAUCAGACGGCCAUCAAUCAUUUGUCCCACCAAGAGGACUGUUUUCGAGCCCAGCAGAAAGCAAAUGUCCGAAGAAACCUGGAGGCCCCUUCUAUGUCAGCUGAAGAAAGCUGGGAGAGCAGUCGGCAGCCGAUUUUCACCAUCACUCCUCCUUCAAAGCGUGACCGCAAUCCGGCGCCAUACAGGGAGAUAAGAUUUGCGGUAGACGACCCUCAGACGCCUCAGCGUCAAUUGGAUCCUCUAAGUGCUGAGCAAUUCAUUCCAGGCAGCCCGAAUGAUGCCAGUUACGACACCCCCUGUCCCAUAAGAUUCGCUCCUCCUAGGCGCAUCAAGACUCUUCCUCGAGACGAAAAUCGCAGAAAUUCAGAUGGCACGAUAGCUGGAAACCCCAAUAGCUACAUCAAAGAUUCCGUGCGCAAUUUCAAACAGAAACUUCAAGAGGCUGCAGGACAAGCCAAGCCAAGUUCUUUGAUGGGGCCAUCUUCUUUUGAUCAGCAACAUUCCACAUUCAAAAAGCACCUAGAUAACAACACAGUGAUCAUUGAUGAUUUUUCGGAAAUUGAUUUUGAUGAUUCACCUCCAAUCUCGAGUCCCCAGACCAGCAAGAAGCGGAAGGUGGCUCCGGCUACAGAUACCACACCCGGGAAGAAGACCAAGGCCAAAAAAACCGGCGGCAAAGGAAAAGACAAAGCCUCCAAACCUGCCAACGAUCAGCCAAUGACUCCACCAUCUAAACCCAAAACACCAUGCAAGAUGACUCCGAUUCCAAAGUGUUGGGCCGACGCCGGUCCGGCGGACGUUCUGAUGUUUCAGCUCCGGAACGAAGAAGUGAGCUUCCAAAAGAUCGCAGAAGUCUUGCGGACAAGCUGUGGCAUGGACUACUCGUUCAGAACCAUUCGCAAUCGGUUCUGGAAAAUCCGUCAUAUGAUUGGAGAAAUGCCGGAUGAGCUAGACCAUGAGGCCAUGAGUGAGUUUACUCUUACCCCUCCCCUCAUUCUUGCCUCGCAAAGUCGAGUUCUAGACGCAACUUCCGAGACCCCGGUGUUCGAGUCAACCCCAGCUGGAGUCAAUUCUUACCCCAUUUUCAAUUCAAAAAUCAAUUUCGCAAAAUAUCAAUGA